UCUGUCCUGACAGCGUAUUGCCGCUGAACUCGAACCGGAACGCGCUGGUUACGCAUCUUAUCCGCGGACACUACACGCGCACUACACACAGUACAGCUGCUCUACAGGUACAGAAAAAUGGACGCGAAGGACCAAGGCGCACAAAUGGAGCCUUUGCUGCCGACGGUGGUCACCCCUCCUGGAAGACCAAGUGUGAGAAAUGAUGAUGAGGCGGUCGUGGACAGAGGAGGCACUCGCUCUAUGCUGAAAGGCAGCUUUGAGAAGGAGGAGCUUGAAGGUCACAGGACUCUGUAUAUCGGGGUUCAUGUUCCUCUGGGCAGGAAAACUCGCCGGCGUCAUCAUCACCAUGGACAUAAACACAGAAAGAGAAGCAGGGAGAGAGACUCGGGGGUCGAAGACGGACGGGAAUCACCCUCAUAUAAUACUCCCUCUCAGAGGGUUCAGUUUCUGCUGGGCACUGAAGAUGAUGAUGAAGAACAUAUACCUCAUGACCUGUUCACUGAACUUGAUGAGAUCAGCCUGCGUGACGGAGAAGACGCAGAAUGGAGAGAAACUGCCAGGUGGUUGAAGUUUGAAGAGGAUGUUGAAGAUGGCGGUGAGCGCUGGAGCAAACCGUAUGUGGCUACACUCACUCUGCACAGCCUCUUUGAACUACGGAGCUGCAUCAUCAACGGCAUCGUCAUGCUAGACAUGAGAGCCAGUUCUUUGGAGGAGAUUGCAGAUAUGGUGCUGGACCAGCAGGAAGUUACUGGGCAUCUUGAAGAUGAUGUCCGUAAGAAGGUGAAAGAGGCACUUCUGAAGCAGCACCAUCAUCAGAACCACAAGAAACUGGCCAAUCGCAUUCCCAUCGUACGCUCCUUCGCUGACAUCGGCAAGAGGCAGUCUGAGUCAAACUGCAUAGACAAAAACGGUCAGAUGAUUUCUCCUCAGUCUCAGCCCAUCACCACGGAGGUCAAGAGUGAUGUAAGCCGUGAGAACAGUGCCGUGGACUUCAGUAAGAUAGAUCUUCACUUCAUGAAAAAGAUUCCUCCUGGCGCAGAGGCCUCGAAUAUCUUGGUCGGAGAGCUGGAGUUUCUCGACAGGCCUGUGGUGGCCUUUGUCCGUCUCUCUCCUGCCGUACUGCUCAAUGGUCUGGCUGAAGUGCCCAUUACAACCAGGUUCCUGUUCAUUUUGCUGGGGCCUCUGGGUAAAGGACCUCAAUAUCAUGAGAUCGGUCGAUCCAUCGCUACUCUAAUGACAGAUGAGGUUUUCCAUGACGUUGCGUAUAAAGCUAAAGACCGCAGCGAUCUGAUUGCUGGAAUUGAUGAAUUUCUUGACCAAGUGACAGUUCUGCCUCCAGGAGAAUGGGACCCUUCCAUCAGAAUUGAGCCGCCGAAAAAUGUGCCGUCCCAGGAGAAGAGAAAAAUCCCUGCAGUGCCCAAUGGGGAGCUGGCAGAUACUGAGGAACAUGGAGGGCACGGAGGCCCUGAGCUGCAGCGCACCGGGAGGUUUUGUGGUGGACUUUUUAUGGAUGUGAAGAGGAAGGUUCCAUACUUCCUGUCUGAUUUCACAGACGCGCUCAGUCUGCAGUGUUUGGCCUCUUUCCUCUUCCUCUACUGUGCCUGCAUGUCGCCUGUCAUCACCUUCGGAGGGCUGCUGGGAGAAGCCACAGAGGGACGCAUAAGUGCAAUUGAAUCGCUGUUUGGCGCCUCCAUGACGGGAAUCGCUUACUCACUGUUCGCUGGGCAGCCGCUCACCAUCCUGGGCAGCACCGGACCCGUUUUGGUGUUUGAGAAAAUAUUAUUCAAAUUCUGCAAGGAAUAUGGGUUGUCGUAUCUGUCUCUCAGAACAUGCAUUGGUUUGUGGACGGCGUUCCUCUGUCUGCUACUGGUGGCCACUGAUGCCAGCUCUCUCGUGUGUUACAUCACUCGCUUCACGGAGGAGGCGUUUGCCUCCCUCAUCUGCAUCAUCUUUAUAUAUGAGGCCUUGGAGAAGCUCAUACAUCUUGGCGAGACUUAUGCCAUCAACAUGAACAACAACCUCGAAAAACUCACGACAUACAGAUGUUCGUGUAUUGAGCCACCAAACCCCAGCAAUGCCACCCUGCUCUACUGGGAGCAGAACAACAUCUCAGCUCCUGAAAUCUACUGGGAAGCUCUGGAAGUUCAGGACUGCAUUGAGAAGAAAGGAGAGUUUGUGGGCUCUGCUUGUGGGCCUCAUGGUCCUUAUAUUCCCGAUGUUCUCUUCUGGUCCGUUGUUCUCUUCUUCUCUACUGUUUUCAUGUCAGCAUUCCUCAAAGAAUUCAAGACCAGCCGCUACUUUCCCACUAAGGUCAGAUCCAUCAUCAGUGACUUUGCAGUAUUCAUCACUAUUGUUACUAUGGUUCUGAUGGAUUACGCCAUAGGGGUGCCUUCCCCCAAACUACAGGUCCCCAGUGUGUUUAAGCCAACUCGUGACGACCGUGGGUGGUUCAUUAACCCGCUGGGGCCGAACCCGUGGUGGACAUGUGUGAUCACAGUGAUUCCUGCUCUCCUCUGCACCAUCCUGAUCUUCAUGGAUCAGCAGAUUACAGCAGUGAUCAUCAACAGGAAGGAACACAAGCUGAAGAAAGGCUGUGGUUAUCACCUGGAUCUGUUCAUGGUGGCCUUGAUGUUGGGUGUGUGCUCUCUGAUGGGGUUGCCGUGGUUCGUGGCUGCGACGGUUCUGUCCAUCAGCCAUGUAAACAGUCUGAAACUGGAGUCGGAGUGCUCAGCGCCCGGCGAGCAGCCCAAGUUCCUGGGCAUCAGAGAGCAGCGAGUGACCGGCCUCAUGAUCUUCCUUCUCAUGGGCUGCUCCGUCUUCAUGACCUCAGUUCUGAAGUUCAUUCCCAUGCCGGUGCUCUAUGGAGUUUUUCUUUACAUGGGCGCAUCUUCACUCAGAGGAAUACAGUUUUUCGAUCGUUUGAGGUUGUUCGGGAUGCCGGCGAAACACCAGCCAGACUUCAUUUACCUGCGACAUGUUCCUCUCAGGAAGGUUCAUCUGUUCACCAUCAUUCAGCUCAGCUGUCUGGUUCUGCUGUGGGUCAUCAAAACAUCCAGAGCUGCUAUCGUCUUUCCCAUGAUGGUGUUGGCUCUGGUCUUUAUUCGCAAGCUGCUGGAUUUUAUCUUCACUAAGCGAGAGCUCAGCUGGCUCGAUGACCUCAUGCCUGAGAGCAAGAAGAAGAAACUCGAAGACGCUGAGCAUGAGGAUGAACAAAGUAUUUUGGCAGAGGAAGAAGGAAUCGUUCAAGUGCCAUUGGAGGGACAUUACAAGGAUGAUCCUUCCACUGUCAACAUUACUGAUGAGAUGUCCAGAGGUGCAUUCGGAAAUACUUGGAAUGUCGUCAACUCCAAAAAUGAUCCAAACUCAAAAAGCCCACUUUCCUAAACUUGUUGAUGUUGAGGCCCCAACGCCUGUGUAAUAAAAAAGCGCACAAGGAACAUCGAUGGGAAGGUGAAGAGAGAUGAGCAUCUGAUAUAUCUUAUUCACUGUGUACACUGUGUACACACACACACACACACUUGUGCCACACCUCUGCUCCCUGUCUUGUCUUGUGUUUCUACAUUUUUACAUUGUAUCGCAAUGCUAAACUCUUUUUAGUUUAUAGAUAUAGCCUGCUGGUAAUACCAGCAAAUACAGCCAAUACAUGUAUUAUUCUUGUGUGCAAGAUAAAGAGAAAGUGUGUAGCAGAAUUUUACAAUUACUGUAUACGUUUUUUUUUUUAUUGUCUCUGAAGUGUUUUAUAUGUUUUGUAUUUUAAAUAACAGUGUUCCUGUUCCAAUUAAAUCAAACAAUUUUCACUUUCCUAAAGGUUUGGAUAGUUUCAAACAAAGGUUUGGAUAGUUCAAAUUUGUUCACUGAUGUUUAGGUGACGUAUUUACAGUAGUUGAGCGAUCAAUUAAUAAAUCUGCAUAAUGAAUAGCUUAUUUAUGUGUGUCUUUGAGAAGGACACUUGACCCCAGUUUGCUCAAAGGACAAAUGUCCCCGCAGUUUGUGUACUGUUAGACGCUCAAAAAGCAUCUGCUACUUUAUGAAUGGCAUAUAAAAGCUUACUGUAAAUCCUUAAUAUACCUGCAAUAGCAUUAAUAUCAGAACAUUUACUGUAUUUUGCAUUUAUGCAUAGAAAGCAUUGCAAAUCCAUUUUAGCGAUUUCAUAUGUUUUUGCAAUUUAUUUAUACGACGAAUGCUGCUCGUAUAAAAGUGUAAAUAUUACAUCCAUCAGUCUUGUCUAGAUAGAGUUUAUGCCUAUAUUUUCAAGGCUGUAUGUUGAUAAUCACAAUGCCAAAGUGUAGAUGUGUUUUCAUGCUAAUAUUCGAGGCAUCUUUGGAUACUUUCUUCACAAGUAAUUGUUUGCAUUAAGAAAUUUAAUGCAUUCGACGAAUGGGGAGUCUACGAGGACGGAUUACAUUCCCUGUUCACUAAAGCAAUAGUGUUGUAGAAGGGCAGUUUUUACGUAACAUAAAUAAAUCUUUUCAAACGUUUCUGCAUGUUGAGGUCAUACAAUGCAUUAUUUUCAUUUAAACUCUAUAAGCUUCUACCAUUUCUAUUGCUAAAAGUAUUUAUAACAAAAUAGACACGAAAUCAUUUUAAAAUUAUACUAUUGAAAUGUUUUGCUCUUGUUAUGCUUAUUUGUUUCAUGGAUUAUACAGCGUGUUCACACUGGUGGUUUGAGAACAAUUGCUACUCUGUUGUCAUCAGUUUAUUAAAAUAUGUUCAUUCUGACUUAAGCUGAAGUCCUACUGCAUUUUUGCAAUAAUAUGCCAAUUACUUUUCACUGUGUGUUGAUGUUUCUGUAAGUUAUCUAGGUGUGAAAAAUGAAAAUGAAGUAUCACUAUAUCCUCAAGUCUGUGUGGUGUGACUUUCACUGGAAUCUUUUAAUUGUGUUCAUUAAUUGUUUUCGAAUAUGAGACAUGAGCAUUUCCUUCAUUUGCACUUAAACAACCUGUGAGAACAUGGUGUAAAUUUGGUGUAGAGUUUUUAUUCCUCAUAUUUCUUCUACAGUGAAAUAAAA